GGUUGUGGUGCGUGUGGGCGGAAGUCCGGCGCCCACGUGGUUCCUGCCGGGAGCUGCCGCGGGGUCCCGAGUCAGGACGAACCGAACCGAGCGGGGCCGAGCGCAGCCGAGCGGGGCCGAACCGAGCCGAGCGGCACCGAACUGGGCGGAGCGCACCGCACCGCCAUGGACCCGCUGCGAGCGCAGCAGCUCGCAGCCGAGCUGGAGGUUGACAUGAUGGCCGACAUGUACAACCGGAUGACGCAGGCGUGUCACCGAAAGUGCGUCCCCCCCCACUACAAGGACGCGGAGCUGUCGAAGGGGGAGAGCGUGUGCCUGGACCGGUGUGUGGCCAAGUACCUGGAGGUGCACGAGAGGAUGGGCAAGAAGCUGACAGAGCUGUCGCUGCAGGACGAGGAGCUGCUGCGGCGCAUGCAGCAGGGCACCGGCACUGCCUGACCCCGCACCCCAAUAAACCGGAGCCUUCGGGCCAGCUCGA